CGUGCAUUCGAAAGGGUCGGCAGAUUUUUCAUCCUUCUUUCACCUUUAUAUGAUAACGAUCCUGUAACCCUAUCUCAAUAUCACACCUCGCAAUCAAGCAAUCAGCUCGAUCCCAACCCUAAUUCUUUACUUUCUUGUUUCUUCGUUAUCCCCAAUUCUUCCCUCAGAAUUCCCAAUUGUGAAUGGUGGAAAUCUUCUGUAAUCGGUUGAUGAUCUCCCCCCUUUCCUCGAGGGGGAUCUCUGCUCUUUCCACCGCUUUCUCCUUCGGAUCUUGCAAGGAAGGCUGGUACCACCGCUGCGUCGGAGUUGAUCCCUGAAUUCGUAAUCGUUACACCCACCGACACCGUCGUCCCACCUUUGUAUUUUGUUUUGUUUUAUUAGAUUCAAUUUGCUUAAUUGUUUCGUAAUCGUUCUGUUUAGAAGGAAAACGAUUUUGUUUUGUGUUUUGAUUCGAAGAAAAGAUGUUGAUGUACAAGCAAAAGAAGAAUCAGGCCGGGAGAGGCGGCGGAAACCGGCUUCUGAUUAGCAUUACUGUUAUCGGAAGCGCUGGACCGAUCCGUUUUGUGGUUAACGAGGAGGAGCUUGUUGCUUCCGUCAUGGACACCGCUCUUAAAUCUUAUGCUCGCGAAGGUCGUCUCCCAAUACUCGGUUCCAAUAUCCAUGAUUUCGUUCUAUAUUGCCCAAUCGCCGGAACCGAAGCUUUGAGUCCAUUAAAGACUAUUGGAUCGUUUGGGGUUAGAAACUUCAUGCUGUGCAAGAGGCCUCAGGCGGUGGAGGAGGGUGGCGAUGGAAAGCCGGCGGCGGUGGGAAUAACGAGGAAGAACUCCGGCAGCUGGAAAUCGUGGUUCAAUAAAUCACACAGUUUCAAAGUUUCUUCUCAUUGAAUUCUUGAUUAAUGCAAUGUAGGGAACUUAUCUUCCCCAAUUUGAUUUACAAUUUCAGAAUUUGAUUUGUUUCACUUUUUUCUGUUUUGAUAAAAUUCGAAUUUGAUUUCCCAGUUGAAUAAACGCUGUAGCGAUGAAUUUCUAAUGAAAUAAAGGUGUCUCAUUUGUUCCCCAA